GUGAGUCCUGAGGUGAUUGACUUCUGGCGCUGCGCGAUGCUGGACGCCGCGGCCUGCUUCCGCUCUGGCGUCGUCCUUUCGCUCAGCUUCCUCCUCAUCUUUUCCGCGUACAGUGCGACGGAGGUCUUGGAGACAUCGAUCAUUCCGAGCCAUUGCUCGGGCUGUGUUGAAGGACCCGCGAAUGGCACUUGCCAAUCUGGCUUCGUGUGCCAGCACAAGGCGCAAUUCGCGUGCGACGUCGCGUGCGAGGCACCAUAUCGUGAAUGCAAAUCAUCGCUCGGCGACGUUGUGAUGGGCACCAUGUACUUAAUGUUCAUGACGAGCGCGAUGGCCGGGCCGUUUCUUCCGCACUACCUUGGCGAAAAGAAGAGCAUGGUCGGCAGCUCGACCAUCUACGGCGUCUUCGCGCUGGCGAACCUCGUUGUGGCUUCAAAUCCCACAAACGUUGUGCUCCAAUGGGCCGUCAUGAUACCGACGGCAUGCGUCGUGGGCAUUGCCGCCUCAUUUCUGUGGAUAUCACAGGCCAGCUAUCUGACUCGUCUGAGCGUGCAGUAUUCGCAGUUCAAAGGCAUUCCAGCGAUCGCGUCGGUCGGGCUCUUCAGUGGCAUGUUCAAUGCGUUCUUUAAGCUCGCGACCAUCGUCGGCAACACCAUCUCUUCAAUCGUUCUCAAUGUGUUUGGGUGGUCGACAGUACCGUUAUUUUGGAUCUACACGUUGGUUUCCGCUGCAGGCACUGCGCUGCUCUGUCUUGUGCCGGACUUGCCCAUUCCACACGCCGCACCGCUUCCAACGGAAUCCACCAAGCUUUUGGUUCCGGAAUCUCCCGUGACGUCCAUCCAAUCUCUAGCGGCGCUGGCUGUCGACAAGCGCAUGCUUGCGCUGGCCCCCAUCAUGAUCCUCAACGGGUUUCAACAAGGCUUCCUCUCUGGCGAGUUCACGGCCAACGUCGUCCGUGAUUCCCUCGGCAGUUCGGCCAUUGGUACGGUGUUUGUCGUGGUUGGGCUCGUCUCCGUCGCGUCGUCGAUUGUCAUGGGAAAACUGGCCGACAAGUACCAACACGAUCUGCUGCAUGCCUCGACACUUGCAUCCUAACUGGGCCGCAAUGUCCAGGUGCAGCCCACUUCCUGGCCAACUCGUGAGCUUUGUCGUUCUCUUGGCGGCCUACAUCAUGUGCUUUGUGGUCACCGUCUCCAAAUGCGACGAACAGUGGCACGUCGUUCUGACCAUCGGCGUCCUUCUCAGCAUUGGCGAUGCCUGUACGUCCCCUUGGACCUUUCUACUUCGUCACCAUCUCACACGAUGCGCUCCACCGCCAUGAAUAGCGUCGCUGACGUUAGUGAACGUGGUGCUGGGCCAAGAAUUUCCUGACGAUCCUGUGAACGCGUUCUCUCUCUUUCGCGUGUACCAUGCCGGCGCGACGAGCAUCAGCUUCUUCCUCUUUCCCAGUCUCACGUUCCACGGCCGCCUCGCGCUGCUGAUGGCGCUCAUCGUUGUCUCCGCCGUGGCGUAUAUCGUGUAUUACAUGCGAUUCCGCUUCGUCCGCUAGCCUGACGGGGAAGUGUACCGAGUAAAGGCCACGAACGUCGGGUCUUCUAACGGAUGGACUGGCACGCGAGUGAACCCGUCGAAUGUGUCUUUGUCGAGACGCAUUUCCGAUAGGCCUUGGUGCUGGAUUUGCACGUAGAAUGGCAAAUAACUAUGAACAUGAGGAUCAUACUCCCUGCGCAGUGACUGGCUGGGGUGUCUGUCGU